AUGUUCUAUUGGUUUGUGGAGUCCCAACGAGAUGCUGCCAAUGCGCCCGUGAUUCUUUGGACGAACGGUGGUCCUGGUUGCAGUGGGCUGGCUGGCUUCCUGACCGAGCAGGGUCCGUUCCGAGUCAAAGCAGAUGGGAAAACCCUGUCGGUGAACCAUCUUGCAUGGAACAAGAUCGUCAACAUGGUUUUCAUUGAGCAGCCGGUUGGCGUCGGCUUCUCAAAAACAGACAAGGAGAUUCAAUAUGGUGACCAUCAGGCAGCAGAAGACAACUUCAAAUUUGUUCUUGGCUUCUUCAAGCGCUACCCAGAAUACAAGGGAAACGACUUCUACAUUUCCUCAGAGUCCUAUGGCGGACAUUACAUGCCGACCCUGGGCAAGCUUCUUGCUGACAGAGAUGAUGUUCCAUCCUUUCGUGGAAUUUUCUUGGGCAAUCCGCUGACAUACAUGAUGUACAGAGACUACGGUCAGUACGGAACUGCAUGGGGCCAUCAGCUGCUGCCGGCUCCUUUGUGGAUGCAGUAUGACGCAGCGAAGUGUGCAACAACAUUCCCGGCUUCAGAGGCAUGCCAGAAGGUCACAGCCGAGAUGGACACUAUCCUGUCCGGCUUCGAUGUGUAUGCCUUGGGUUUCCCAACAUGCGACCAUGGAACAGCUGCGGGCCAGCAGGAGCGUCUCCAGUUGAUGGGCAAGGUAAAUCAGGCCAAAGGUGACCUCCCACCUCCUUACCAGCCAUGUGCGAGCGACCUCGGGGAGAAAUACUUGAACUUGCCCGAAGUGCAGACGGCCAUUCACGCCCAGCACACCGAAUGGGGAGACUGCUCGCGAGUAGUGGGACGUCACUACAAUUCGACAGAUCUCAAUGAGCCAAUGAUGCCGUACUGGCAACAUCUGAUCCAGAAGGGCACGCUCAAUCUCAUGAUCUAUUCUGGAGACGACGAUGCCGUUUGCGCUACCCUGGGAUCCCAGCAGUUUGUUUGGGACUUGGGCUAUGCGCCCAUGGAAGGAAAAUCCUGGGUUCCGUGGACAGUUCAGCACCAGACGGCUGGAUUCCGCACAGAGUUUGCCGUCCCAUCAAAAGCAGGGGCUUCGGCGUCCUUCUCCUUCGUCACGGUCCACGGCGCUGGACACAUGGUGCCUGCCACACAGCCCGCAAGGUCGCUGGCUUUGCUGAAAUCCUUCCUGGGCAUGGAAAUCGAAGACGCUACUCUUCUGGCCGAGUGA